AUGACCGGCUUGAUAGGCGGUGCGAUGAGGCUCUCGCCUUCGUCAGGCAGCAGGCGGGCGCUGCAUACUUCUGUGAGGCGCCGGAUUAGCUCGGGAGGAAGGGCGUUUGGGGAGGCGCAGAAGCGGCAGGUCGAGCUCGAGCGACAGCGGGACUUGAUCUUGACCGUCCUCGAGGCGCACCCUUCGGCUCGCGACUCGCGCUUCUACCUGCGCAACUUUGACCCUGCGUCUCGUCCGGCAAGGUCUGAGCAGCCCGCACCCGACUCUCCACCGUCCCAGUCCUCCCGGACCGCCGAAACGCCCGCCUUCCCCGUCUUUGAUCCGGAAACGCCGACGACUGCGUUCUCGCGCACGAUUCCGACGAAUGCACAGUCUGCGGACCUCUCGCUUGCGGCAGCACUGGGUAUCUCGUCGCCUGGAGCUGCGGGCGGGACAGCGACGGCUUACAAGGGCAAGACGGCUUUCGCGGACGAGCUCCUCUCCGCUCCUGCGUCUCGUCACACCGCCCUCGUGAAAGUGCAGGGACCUUUCACGGACCGCCAACUCGAGUCCAUCGCCGAGGGGAUGGUCUACCUGAAGAAACUCGGACUCGUCUCGAUCAUCGUGAUGGACAACGAGCGGUGGAACGGCGAGGAAGAGCGGAUAUGCGCGAUGGGCGGGUUGACCGACGAAGACAGGCGGGAGAGGGUCGUCCACUUGCGCGAGGAGAUGAAGCGCGAGACGAUCCGGUUCAGCGAUAUGCUCGAGGCGAGCGGUGGGGCUGCGCGGCCUCUGCUCGAGGGUGUCUUGUGCGUCAAGGGCGCGGCGUUUGAGGAUACCUGGACGCCUAUCGCCUCGACAAGUGCGAGACCGUACGAAGAAGGCGCGGCGACGGACCUCUUCGUCGAUUCGCUCUCGGGCAUCCGCAACGCAGUCAGGCAGGGCGAGAUCCCCGUCAUCCCGCCCAUCGCCCUCGACGCCUCGUGCUUCUCGCUCUGCGUCUCGGCGAACGAUGCGGUGAGGGCGAUCGCGUCCGGUCUCGCGGACGCGGAGAAGCGGACAGGGUUGCGGUACGAGGCGGACGCGCGGUUGCAGAACGACGUCGACUUGACGCCUCUCCGGCUGAUGGUCAUCAACCGCGAGGGCGGUCCGCCGUCCCAUGCUCGCGGCGGCGACCCUCACUUGUCGAUCAACCUCGAGUCCGAGUUUGACUACAUCUCCAAGACCUUCAACUGGCACGACACGCACCCUACCGCUCUUUCGAACCUCGCCCUGAUCCGCGACUGCCUCGCCGACCUCCCUCGCACCGCAUCAGCUGUGAUCGUCUCGCACCGUUCUCCCCGCUCGCUCAUCGCCAACUUGAUCACCAACAAACCCGCCCACUCGCCUUCACUCGCACACGACCUCCUCCCGCGCCGCAACAUCCAGCACCAGCCCACCAUCAUCCGCCGUGGCUUGCCGAUCCGGGUCUCGCGCUCGAUGGACGACCUCGACGAAGACAAGCUCGCGCACGUCCUCGAAGAGUCGUUCGGCAAGACACUCAAUCGCGAACCGUACUACGACCGCCUGCGCCGCGACUUGGACUUUUGCAUCAUCGCAGGCGAUUAUCAGGCCGUUGCGAUCGUCACGAACGAGCGGCUGCGCGACCCGGAGACGGGCCACCCGCUCGUCAACCCCGAGACGGGCGAGGAGGAAGAAGCGAUUGCCUACCUCGACAAGUUUGCGGUCCUCACGUCGCUGCAGGGGGACGGCACGGUCGACUUCCUGUGGGGAGCGCUGCGCGACGAGUCGUGGGGACUCGGCCUGCUCGACGCGCUCAACCCCAACGUCGGCGGUCUCGGAGGCCAAGGUAUCCCUCGCGACUUGGUGUGGCGCUCGCGGUCCAACAACCCCGUCAACAAGUGGUACUUUGACCGCUCGACCGGGUUCUUCAAGAUCCCGCCUCCGCCGAGCUCAGAGGUCGGCUUUGCGCUGUUCUGGUGCGAGGCGAACAGGGUUGACGAGUAUGAGCGUGGGAAGAAGGAGGGGAGGGAGGUCAGGACGACGCCGGAGAAGCUCAGGGAGUGGGCGCCCGUCAUUGGCAAGAUCCCGAGCUGCUGGAAGUGA